AGCGAGAGCGUCGGAGACGGAGCGGGCCGCCGCAGCAGCAGUGGAUUGCGGGACUUGUGCGGGGGGCAAGACGCGGGCGGGGGGCGCGGGGCGCGAAGCGAGGAGACUUCGGCGGGGACGGCCCCGCGGCAAGAUGCGGUGCUGAAAGGCGGCGGUGGACGGCGGGGUCCGGCGGCGAUUUCCCCGCAGGCAGGAGCGGUGCGCGCCUCGGCUCGGCACUCGCCUUGGCUUCUCGGCGCCCCCCGCGCGGCCGCGGCCUCCCGCUUGCGCCCCCCGGGGAGAUGUAUCAGGGCUUCCCCGGAGACUACGACUCCGCCUCGCGGUGCAGCUCGUCCCCGUCGGCCGAGUCCCAGUACCUCUCCUCGGUGGACUCCUUCGGCAGCCCCACGGCCGCCGGCGCCGCCUCCUCGCAGGAGUGCAGCGGCCUUGGGGAAAUGCCUGGAGCGUUUGUGCCAACAGUGACAGCCAUAUCGACUAGCCAAGACCUCCAGUGGUUGGUGCAACCCACCCUGAUCUCCUCCAUGGCUCAGUCUCAGCAGCCUCCAGGCCAGCAAAUGCCUCCGCAGCAGCAGCCCCCUCCAGUGGACCCCUAUGAUCUGCCUGGCACCAGCUACUCUGCUCCAGGCAUGAGUACUUAUGCCAGCGGGCCUCCGACAGCCCCCAUAGCUGCUGCUGCUGCCCCACAGCGUUCCAUCAGGGCCCAGGCUCGAAGGACACGGGAGGAAACGGUGAGCUGGGAGGAUUGUAGGGCCUUCCUUCUCCUGUGGAACUACCUCUGGGGAGUCGGCAACGAGUUAACACCAGAAGAAGAGGAAAAGCGACGGGUCCGCCGUGAGAGGAACAAGCUGGCGGCAGCUAAAUGCCGGAAUCGCCGCAGAGAACUGACAGAUCGACUGCAAGCAGAGACAGACCAGCUGGAGGAAGAGAAGGCCGAGCUGGAGUCUGAGAUAGCGGAGCUGCAGAAGGAAAGAGAGCGGCUGGAAUUCGUCCUCAUAGCUCACAAGCCCAGCUGCAAAAUUCCAUAUGAGGACAUACCUGAGCUGAGUGGCCAGCCCAGCACCUCAACUGAGGUGGGCUCUCUGACAAUGGCGGUAAAAGAGGAUCCCUUUGGGCCAACGGCCUACUCGUCUGUGCCUCUCCACUACCAGCAGACCCUCAGUGGAGUGCAAGCCCUGGGCCCGGCGGAGGUAGCGUUUUCUAGUUCUUACUUUACACAUGGUGAACAGCUGACCGACCCGUACCCGGCUAACCCUUCAUAUACAUCUUCGUUUGUCUUCACCUACCCAGAGGGAGCCUCCUGUGGAGCCACUCACCAGCGGAACAGCAGCAGCGACCACUCCUCCGACUCCCUGAACUCUCCCUCGCUCCUUGCCUUGUGAAACUAAAAACAAACAAACCCAUCAAACGCUCGAAUCUUGCACGCUCUCUAACUAAUAAACCCACAUGUGCAAACUUGCUUGUGAGCGAGAGCAGGGAGAGAUGGAAUUCUGCUCCCCCCUCCCCACCACUCAGCCUACACCUUGGACCGUCAAAUGUAACACUGGAAAAAAGAACCCCACCAAAAAACCCCAACAAUCACCUGCCAACAUCUGGAACGUGUGACAUUUUGUUGUUGAACUUUGGAGGAUGCAACACAUGGCGGAGAAUCUUGUCUGUUUUCAAUUCCUGCAAUUUGACCUUGGCAAGAGGAACAGCGACACAUUUUGGAGCACAAGUCAAAUUCCGCCCCUUGGAGAAUGCUGAGCCUGGCUGGAUCUCUGGGAUUUUGGAGCGGGGGGGGAGGGGGGGCAGGUCUUGACUUUCUGAAAGGAAACUGGUUUAAAUUAGGACUGUGAUGUUUUCCUAUUUCUUUCUACAUUUGUAAGAAGCCGAACAAACAAAGUGUCCUGUCAGCCAGGAAAAGGAGCGUGAAUUCCUCUUCCCCCUCCUCCCCACCCCAAUACAAAAAAAAGCCACCUAAAUUUCACUGCAUUGACUCGCCUGGUGAAUUUCAGCUCGGGCACUUUCCAUUUUGUCUGCUUACGAAGCAGGCACCUGAACCUUUAAUCUAGGUUACAAGGACCGGGUUUCAGUGCAUUGUCUCUCACCCGGGAUCAAGAAAGGGCAGUAGAAAGUAAUGGGUGGGCUUCCAUGGGCAUGAAAGCGUCUCCCACAGCGAAAGCAGUUAAACCUUCCAAAUACAUAAAACUGGAUACUUAAAAGCACUUUGAUUUGAGGCAGAAUUUGAGCAGCUAACUAGCUUAAUCUUAUGCAUGUUUACUUUGGAAGUCAAUAUCGCUCACCUUCAGUGGGACCCACCCCGUAACAGGCAGGUGGGUCCUUAUCUCAAGGAGAGUUGAAAUUAAUUUUAACUGGUUUAUUUGUUUAAAAUAAAAUGAUUCUAGCUUAUAAAAUCCCCAAUUUACAUAAUCAGCCCAGGAUGUUACCAACCUGAAGUGAAACCCUCCAGAGGUUUAACACUCCCUGGUUUUGUUGCACUGAAGAUUGGGAUCCUUUUUCUAUUCAGAGGGUCUGGCCAUCUGCUCCUCUCCUUUUUCCAUUAUGGGAUAGCCCUUCUCUUCCUCCUUCCCUGGAAUGACUCCUCUUCCUGUCUGGGGCACCUUACUUUGUUCGGUUUUGUCUGGGAGUGAUGAGGUGUGUCAGAGACUGGCUUGGCUCAUGGGGAGGGGCUUGGGGGGCCUUGGUGAUAUACUGUGAAUGUACCUCUUUCCUGUACAGACUCCGUUCUUGAUAUUUAGAGGCUUACGGUGCGCUCCUGCCCUUUGCUAGUGCUGGCCUCACUUCCCCCCUCUCUGCUCCCCGUGUUUGCUAUUGGAUGGUGGCUUCCCCUGUCUUUGCCUCUUCUGUGUUCAAGGGGCCCUGAACUGGCCUUGCACAGAGCUAUCCAGAUACUGCUCAGGGCUGGAGCCCUCUCCCCCCUUUCUAGGCUGGCUGGUGGGGUGUGGUGGUUGAGAGCAGCGGAUUCUUCUCUGGUGAACUGGAUUUGUUUCCCCCUCUUCCACAUGGAGCCUGCCGGGGGGUCUCAGGGC